CAGUAACUUUGUGCUGGGGAAUGCGCAGGUCCAGUCGCUGUAUCCCAUCGUGUAUUGUUCAGAUGGCUUCUGUGAACUCACUGGCUAUGCCCGUGCAGAACUGAUGCAGAAGAGCUGUGCGUGUCAUUUCCUGUAUGGGCCGGAGACCAGUGAUAAACUGAUGGCACAGAUCCAGGGUGCACUGGACGAAAGGCGGGAGUUUAAGACAGAACUGGUCUUCUACAAAAAAGGAGGAACUCAGUUCUGGUGUCUUCUGGAUAUUGUGCCCAUAAAGAAUGAGAAGGGAGAGGUGGUGCUCUUUCUAGUAUCACACAAGGACAUAACAGACAAUAAGAAAGUCCAAGAUGAAGAACAGAGCCCAGAAAGAGACGAGGAGACGGGGCUGGAGGUGCACAAGGUCACGCAGCCACCAGGCUUCAAUGCCAACCGGCGACGCAGCAGAGCUGUGCUUUACCAGCUGUCUGGACACCUGCAGAAGCAAGACAAGAGCAAACUCAAGAUCAACAAUAACAUGUUCGGUGAGAAGCCUCCCAUCCCAGAGUACAAAGUGGCAGCCAUUCAGAAGAGCCGUUUCAUUCUCCUCCAUUACGGCACCUUCAAAGCUGGAUGGGAUUGGCUGAUCUUGUUAGCCACUUUUUAUGUAGCAGUUACUGUGCCCUACAAUGUCUGUUUCACCGUUGUUGGUGGGCGGGAUGACGUGUCGACCCCAAGAAGUCCACCGAGUGUGAGCGACAUCUUGGUAGAAAUCCUUUUCAUGUUAGAUAUUUUAUUAAAUUUUCGCACCACAUUUGUGAGCACAUCAGGCCAGGUGGUGUAUGAUGCGCGCUCUAUCUGUGUACAUUAUGUCACCACCUGGCUUUUUGUGGAUCUGAUUGCUGCUCUACCUUUUGACCUGUUGUACGCCUUCAAUGUCAGUGUGUACUUUGGAGUUCAUCUGCUGAAAACAGUUCGCUUGUUACGGCUUCUACGCUUGCUGCAAAAGCUGGAGCGCUACUCCCAGUACAGCGCAGUGGUACUCACAUUACUCAUGUCCAUGUUUGCCUUGCUGGCACAUUGGAUGGCCUGUGUCUGGUAUGUCAUCGGCCGCAGUGAGAUUGAGAACAACAGCCCUGGUUCCUGGGACAUUGGCUGGUUGCAUGAGCUGGGUAAACGUCUGGGCACCCCCUAUUUUCUGUCCCCUCUUGCAUCCCUCAUUCCUGAUUCGCUGCGCCCCACCAUCUUGGAUGGACUGGUGGUCAAUUCAAGCCAGUGGAAUGGCACUGAUGUGGUGGGACAUGAGUCUGUGUGGAACUUGAGCCAAUGGAACACAACAGGAGCAGGGCCGAUGGGCACUUCAGAUGCAGGAAAGACUGGAGCAGUACUGGGAGGCGGGCCCUCUAUUCGGAGUUCAUAUGUGACUUCGCUGUACUUCGCUUUAAGCAGUCUGACUAGCGUGGGCUUUGGCAAUGUCUCAGCGAAUACUGACUCAGAGAAGAUCUUCUCUAUUUGCACCAUGCUGAUUGGAGCACUCAUGCACGCUGCGGUCUUCGGUAAUGUGACGGCCAUUAUCCAAAGGAUGUACUCACGCCGCUCGCUCUAUCACACUCGUACCAAAGACCUCAAAGAUUUCAUCCGCGUGCAUCGACUUCCCAAGGCCCUUGCGCAGCGCAUGCUGGAGUGCUUUCAGACGACAUGGUCUGUCAACAAUGGCAUCGAUGUCAGUGAGCUUCUGAAGGACUUCCCAGAUGAACUGCGGGCUGACAUUGCCAUGCACCUGAAUAAAGAGCUGCUCCAGCUGCCUCUGUUUGAAUCGGCCAGUCGAGGGUGUUUGCGCUCGCUGUCGCUCAUCAUCAAAACCUCUUUCUGUGCUCCAGGAGAGUUCCUCAUUCGCCAGGGUGACGCUUUGCAGGCCAUCUACUUUGUCUGCUCAGGCUCAAUGGAAGUGCUCAAGGACAACACUGUGCUAGCUAUACUGGGAAAGGGGGACCUGAUCGGAUCGGACUCGCUGACGAAAGAGCAGGUGAUAAAGACCAACGCAAACGUGAAAGCACUGACGUAUUGUGACCUGCAGUACAUCAGCCUAAAGGGACUGCGAGAAGUUCUGCGCCUCUAUCCUGAAUAUGCCCAGAAAUUUGUCAGCGAAAUUCAGCACGAUCUCACCUAUAACCUGCGGGAGGGCAGUGGAGCUGACGUGAGUGAUGCUUGCAAGCACACAUGAUGUUUUUUAGGGCAAAGGGUGAAAAUCCCAGAGUACACCUUUGAUUCUACAGCCUUGACUGUAAAGGUCAAGCGGUGUGUGCAUGUGCUUUUUUUAGCCCGAAUCAUGUGCACUGAGGCAAUUACCACAAACAUACAGGUCAGGAGUGGAUACAUCGCCUAGGAUCAGAUUAUCAGUAAUGUACGCUUGUGCAGUGGAGCUGAUACGAGUCCUAUAAAUAGAUCAAUAUAGAUAGUUCAAACAGAGAAACAUGAUAAUAGUCGCCUUCAUGAUC